AUGACCGAUGCGAUCACAGGAGGCAUCACCAUUCGCGCCUUCGCGGCGAAGGAGCAGGUCCUGAGUCGCUGUCUUCUGAACCUGGAGGAGUUCCAACGGGCCAGCUUCACCAUUCGGUCCCUCCAGUUGUGGAUUGGCUUGCGCCUUGGUCUCGUCGGCUUCAUUAUGAGCGUCUUCAACCAACUCCAGCCGAUUCUGAUGUACUACGGCGUGCUUGCACACCGUAGUGCCGCGCUCGUCGGCUUCAGCAUCAGCUACUCGCAAGAGGUUUCUGCCAUCGUCAGUCAGUUUGUCAUGAACUUCUCGGACAUGGAAAUGCAGCUGGUCUCCAUCGAGCGACUCUGUGAAUACGCGAAGCCCCAGAACGACUCUCCCGCGGCCAAUGCCGUUGCAGGCAACACACUGGUCCCCCGAGCUGGGAACGGUGGGCUCGAGCUCCGCGACGUCGUGGUGAAGUACCAGUCGGCCCUUUCUCCGGCGCUUGCAGGGGUGACACUGCACUUUCCCGCCGGCGAGACAGUUGCGGUGGUGGGUCGAACAGGAGCAGGGAAGUCUUCUUUGCUGCUGGCCGUCCUGCAGCUGGCCCCUUACACGGGUGACAUCUGCGUGGAUGGUCAGUCUCUUCGGGGCCUCAGUGAGCAGGUUUGCGGCACUUUGGUCGCGGUCGUCCCACAGCAGCCGGUCCUCUUCUCCGGGACCCUGCGAUGGAACUUGGAUCCGGCCCUGCAGUUCACGGACGCCCAGAUCUGGGAUGCCAUCAAGACUGUCGGGCUCCUCCGCAGCUGCAGUGGCACACUGGGAUUGAAAGCCGAUGUGCAGGGCUCUAUGAGCGGCAGCCAGACGGGUUCAGGUGCCUUGGCGUUGUCCCUUGGCCAGCGCCAGCUCCUCUGUGCGGCUCGAGCGCUGUUGCGUUCGCCAAAGGUGGCUUUGUUGGACGAGGUGACCGCCGCUUUGCCAGGAGAGCUUGCUCUCAGUACCGUCACACAUUUGGUCAAGAAGUUCCGGGACAUCAACGCCACCACACUCUUGGUCACUCACCAGGACGACUUGGUGUCCGUCUGUGACCGCACAGUUCGCCUCUCACAUGGCAGCGUCGUAAGCGAUACCAUUGCGUUUUGA